AUGGAUUCCUUCGCCAUUACUGAGGGCCUUGCUGCCCAGGAGCGGCGUGAGAGCCAACCUGAGCCCAUUGACAGCAAGCUGUCCGAAGAGACAAACAAGUUCCAGCGUGCCAUUGCAGCCUGGCGAGGAAUUGACCUUGCCAGCACCAUUGCCAAACUUGAUGCAACCGCCUCCGAUAUCGUUGAACAGCAGCGGGACUCUCUGGUACAGAGAAAGGACCUGGCUCAGAAAACCAAGGACUUCAAGAAACUUGAGGAGCAGGCGAAAUUGUCGGAAUUCAAGGGGCUAUUGAAAGCCUAUCAGUCCUUUAUCGACGUCUUGACUAACCAAGGCAAAACGUCCUCGUCCUCGUUCCUGCAAUUAUAUUCUUCUCUAUCCGAGGCACCCGAUCCCUACCCUCUCCUUGAAGCUUCCGUCGAUUCUCUUGCUCUAUCCGAAGACACGGUCCCGAAACUCACCUCGGAACGCGACCAAUUGCAGCAAUCUGUCGACCGUCUCACAAAGCAACAGGAGGAAAGCGAGAAACGCCUUCAGGAGGAGCGUGCUGCAAGGAAAAAUCUCGAGGAAAACCAAGAGUCCAGAGCCAAGGAGAUCGAAUCGUCUUGGGAAGCAGUCCUGACGGAAAAGAGGAAUAACUGGGAGGCCAAAGAGAAGAGCUUGGAAGAGAAGUUAGAAAAUCAGGAUCGUUUGAUAAAGGAGCUCAAAGCAAGCUAUGAAGUUUCUCAGCGGAUGGGUGGGAAUGACGAGAACGAGGAAGCCCGCAGUGGUGCCACCGCCGCCGAGUUGGAACUUGUUUCAGCUGAUUUGGAGAAAACCAGCCUGAGGUUGGCUGAUGUGGAGGCACGCAAUGAGCAACUACGGCUGGAAUUGGCCCAGGCGGUAUCACAUUCGAACCCUGAUCGACCGAUCUCUGUUGAAGAUGAUCCCGAAUAUCAACGUCUUCAGUCCGAAAACUCCUCCUUGUUACGGAAACUGGAUGCCGCACGCUUUGACAAGGACUCGACCCGACACUCGUGGGAAGCCAAGCUCCUUCAGGCGGAGAGAGCUGCCACUAAAGCCACGGCCGAGAGGAACGAGCUGCGCUCGCGUCUCGAUAAGUGUGCUGACUACGAAGAUAUUCGUCGAGAGUUGGAGAUGAUUAAGUCGAUUGAGUUGAUGGCUGGUGACGAUGAGGAUGAUGGAGAGGCGAUGGCGCAGAAUGAUGCGGCUGGUACGAAUGGUGAUGCCACCAAAUCUAAGGAGAAAAAUUCUCUUGAGCAACUUCUGCUUGCCCGCAACAAAAAGCUGAACGACGAGCUUGCAGUCUUGCGAGUGUCGACUCGCGAUAUUCAAAACCAGCUUGAGACAAUGCGUGGUGAGCUUGCGACAACAAAGAGCGAACUUGAAAAGUCUCGAGGACUGUCAACAACCCUGGAAAACGAUUUGCUUCAAGUACAGCAAGAGGCAGCCAAUGCAUUCCCAUCGUCGGCCAUGUCCACUGCGGGUACUUACACCUCGAGGUACCCACACUCAUCCCGUCGGGGUGCAGCAUCUCCCACCUCGUCGAUCAUAUCCGGCUUCGACCAGAGUGCCGCAUCUUCAAAUACGAUGGAUGCUAUCCGUGCAGGUGAGGCCGUGGGAGGCGGCUCUGGUCUUCUUCCUAUGAUCCAAGCACAGCGCGAUCGCUUCAAAAAGAAGAACGCGGAGCUCGAAGAAGAGCUAUCCAAGACGUAUAGCACCGUCAAGUCUCUCCGGUCAGAGGUUGCAUCUCUUCAGAAGGACAACCUGGGCCUAUACGAGAAGACUCGGUAUGUUUCCACAUACAGUCGCGGCCAGGGAGCAUCCACGUCAGCAUCGUCAUAUGCGAACGCACCUAGCUCGACAUCUGUCUACAGCUCAUCCGAAACUCCUUCGGGCCUUUCCCUCGACCGUUAUCAAAAUGCCUACGAGGCACGGAUCUCGCCAUUCGCUGCCUUCAGGGGCAGAGAAUCGGCUCGUGCAUACAAGCGCAUGAGCCUUCCCGAGCGGAUUGUAUUCUCGCUUACUCGCAUUAUCAUGGCCAACCGAACCAGUCGAAACCUGUUCGCAGGGUAUUGCUUUGCUUUACACGUUCUUCUCUUUGUAGUGCUAUACAUGAUGAGCACGAUGGAAAUCGAGAAGCAUAGUGCUAUGAGUGUUGUGGGCAGCGCCGCAGCGGCAGCAUAUGGCAGUCGUGGGGAUGGAUCUAGCAGUGGCAGCAGCCAGCUGCAUGGUGACGAUUGGCAGCCGGAAGGUUUUAACCAUGCAGGGUGA